CUCUCUCUCUCUCUCUCUGCAUACACAGAGUCUGUAAUGCCAAUUGCACACUCUCUCUCUUCAACUCGGAAGUUUUCUCAAAUUUCAACACAAAAAAAAAAUGUUAAUACCCAUUUCUUAAUUCAAUAGCAAUGAAGAUCUGAUGGUAAUUGAGUUCUAACUGUAAUCGCCAUGUCUUGGGGACUGGGUUGGAAACGACCUUCAGAGAUCUUCCAUUUGACUCUAAACUAUGGCACCGAUGAUUUUGCUGAUGAUUAUACCCCUAGAUCAUCCGCAUCGUCAAGAUCAUCCUCGUCCUCAUCAAUUACAUCAUCACAAGACCCGCAAGACCAGCAAUUAGGGUUCAGAAUCGAUCUUGAUUGGAAUGCCGUAGAUGACGAAGACCAAGUGGCUCUGAGGCUUCAGUCUCAGGUCAUGGUUGCUUUGCCUUUGCCACAAGACACGGUGGAAAUUGAAUUGAAAGAAAAUUCGGAAAAUUCUGAGUCUGAGGGAAAUGUGAGGGUAGGGGUGGAAAUGAGGGUGGUGAAGAGGAGGGAGCCGUUGAAAGUGGUGAUAAUGAACCGGGCCGCCGGGUCGGGGCAGCAGAGUGAUGGAAUGGGGGUUUUCAAUAGGUUGUUGAGAUCGAAUUUCGCGACAAAUGGGUUGGGAACGGUGGAUGGGGUGGUGGUUAUUGCUGAGCAUUGGAGAAGUGUCACUGUGGUUAGUUUAUGUGGUGUCGGAUUGUCGGUGUUGCCAGUAGAUUUAACUCGAUUACCUCUCCUUGAGAAGCUAUAUCUUGAUGGCAAUAAGCUAUCAAUUUUGCCACCUGAGCUUGGUGAGCUUCAAAACUUGAAAGUUCUUACGGUUGACUACAACAUGCUGGUUUCAGUACCCGUUGAAUUGAGACAAUGUGUUGGACUGGUUGAAUUGUCUCUGGAACACAACAAGCUGGUCCGGCCUCUUCUUGAUUUCAGAGCUAUGGCCGAGUUACGUAUACUGAGGUUAUUUGGCAAUCCUCUUGAAUAUCUUCCUGAAAUUUUACCCUUGCACAAACUUCGCCACUUGUCUCUUGCAAACAUUAGGAUUGUGGCGGAUGACAAUUUAAGAUCCGUGAAUGUUCAGAUAGAGAUGGAGAAUAGUUCCUACUUUGUUGCAUCGCGACAUAAACUCAGUGCCUUCUUCUCUCUCAUUUUCCGAUUUUCAUCUUGUCACCACCCUUUGUUAGCAUCUGCUUUGGCGAAAAUAAUGCAAGAUGAAGGGAACCGUGUGGUUGUUGGUAAAGAUGAGAAUGCAGUGCGGCAGCUUAUUAGUAUGAUUAGUAGUGACAAUCAACAUGUGGUUGAACAAGCAUGCUCUGCUCUUUCAUCUCUGGCCUCAGAUGUUUCUGUUGCAAUGCAGUUGAUGAAAUCUGACAUCAUGCAACCCAUUGAAAGAGUAUUGAAAUCUGCUGGUCCAGAAGAACUAAUUUCAGUUUUGCAAGUUGUUGUCACAUUGGCUUUUACAUCUGAUUCUGUAUCUCAAAAAAUGUUGACUAAAGAUAUAUUGAAAUCAUUGAAAUUGUUAUGCGCCCAUAAAAAUCCGGAGGUACAAAAGUUAGCUUUAUGUGCAGUUGGAAAUUUAGCUUUCUGCUUGGAGAACCGCCGCAUUCUUGUAACUUCUGAAAGUUUGCGGGAGCUUCUUUUGCGGCUGACAGUUGCUUCUGCUCCACGUGUGAGUAAAGCUGCGGCUCGUGCUCUGGCGAUUCUAGGAGAGAAUGAGAAUCUGCGGCGUGCUAUUAGAGGGAGACAGGUGUCAAAGCAAGGAUUGCGCAUACUUUCAAUGGAUGGCGGUGGCAUGAAAGGUCUGGCAACUGUACAGAUUCUUAAAGAAAUUGAGAAGGGUGCGGGGAAGCAUAUACAUGAGCUGUUUGACCUUAUAUGCGGCACAUCAACAGGCGGCAUGCUUGCUGUUGCACUCGGAAUCAAACUAAUGUCCUUGGAAAAAUGUGAAGAAAUAUACAAAAACCUUGGAAAACAUGUGUUUGCUGAACCCGUCCCAAAGGACAAUGAAGCAGCAACUUGGAGAGAAAAAUUGGAUCAGCUUUACAAGAGCUCAUCACAGAAUUUCAGAGUUGUUGUGCACGGAUCUAAACACAGUGCAGAUCAGUUUGAGAGGCUGUUGAAGGAGAUUUGUGCUGAUGAGGAUGGCGAUCUCUUAAUUGAGUCAGCGGUGAAAAGGGUUCCCAAAGUUUUUGUUGUAUCAACUCUGGUCAGCGUGGCACCAGCUCAACCUUUUAUAUUCCGAAAUUAUCAGUACCCUCCUGGCACACCAGGAAUUCCUCUUGUGAUUUCAGAAAACUUGGCUAACAGUGUGAUAGGAACAACAAUUACUGGGACCCAAGUUGGAUAUAAACGCAAUGCUUGUAUUGGAAGUUGUAAGCAUCAUAUAUGGCAAGCUAUAAGAGCAUCGUCUGCAGCUCCUUAUUACCUUGAUGAUUUCUCUGAUGAUGUAUAUCGCUGGCAAGAUGGUGCCAUUGUAGCUAAUAAUCCUACUAUUUUUGCCAUACGAGAAGCACAACUUUUAUGGCCUGAUACAAGAAUUGAUUGUUUAGUGUCAAUUGGAUGUGGUUCUACUCCAACAAAGGUUCGGAAGGGUGGGUGGCGUUAUUUGGAUACUGGGCAAGUAUUGAUUGAGAGUGCAUGCUCAGUGGACCGGGUGGAGGAAGCUUUGAGCACAUUGCUUCCUAUGCUUCCUGAAAUACAAUAUUUUCGGUUCAAUCCAGUUGAUGAACGGUGUGACAUGGAGCUCGAUGAGACUGAUCCUGCUGUUUGGCUGAAGCUGGAGGCUGCAACUGAUGAGUACAUCCAAAACAACUCUCUGACAUUCAAGAAUGUCUGUGAAAGAUUGCUGCAGAACCUGCAUGAUGAGAGAUUGUCAGAUAAUUUGAAGUCUCAUCAGUUCCUUAAGGCAAAGGAUUCAAAUUCUGUGCUGGAUGAGAAUAGUCCCUCUUUAGGUUGGAGACGUAGUGUGCUACUUGUGGAAGCUUCUAAUAGUCCUGAUUCUGGAAGAGUUUUUCACCAUGCUCGGUCACUUGAGACAUUCUGUACUCGUAAUGGAAUAAGAUUCACUCUUACGAAUGGGGUAUCAGGAACCUCUAAGGCAGCACCAGGAAUGACAUUUCCGACACCUUUUGUGUCACCUUUGUUCACGGGAAGCUUUCCAUCAAGCCCACUUCUAUACAGUCCUGAUGUUGGCCCCAGGGUUGGCAGAAUUGAUUUAGUCCCACCUUUAAGCUUGGAUGGAUUACAACCUGGAAAAGCUGCCACUUCACUACCAGAGUCUCCUUCUGGACCCAGACAGCUUUCUUUGCCCGUCCUGUCGUUGCACGAAAAACUACAGAAUUUGCCACAAGUUGGAGUUAUACAUUUGGCUCUCCAAAAUGACAUGUGUGGCUCCAUUUUGAGUUGGCAGAAUGACGUAUUUGUGGUUGCUGAACCUGGAGAACUUGCAGAUAAGUUUCUGCAGAGUGUUAAAUUUAGCUUGUUGUCCAUGGUGCGGGGCCAACGCAGGAAGUAUGCAUCAGUCAUUACCAACAUCACAACUGUUGCUGAUCUGGUUGCAUGUAGGCCACACUUCCAAAUUGGCGGUGUUGUCCACCGUUAUAUAGGACGCCAAACACAAGUAAUGGAAGACGAUCAAGAAAUUGGGGCAUAUAUGUUUCGUAGGACAGUCCCUUCUAUGCAUUUAACUCAUGAUGAUGUUCGUUGGAUGGUUGGAGCUUGGAGGGAAAGGAUUAUAAUCUGCACGGGUCUAUAUGGGCCUACUCGAACUUUAAUUAAGGCGUUUCUAGACUCUGGUGCCAAAGCUGUCAUCUGUUCUUCAGCCGAACCCCAAGAAAUGCAGUUGACGACAUUCCAUGGGCCAGGUGAGUUUAAUGUUUUGGAGAAUGGGAAGUUUGAGAUCGGAGAGGAAGAAGUAGAAGAUGAAGAGAUAGAACCUGUCAGUCCUGCGAGUGACUGGGAAGAUAGUGAGCCCGAGAAAAAAGGAGAACGUUCAAUGUGUUUUUGGGAUGAUGAUGAAGAGGAAUUGUCUCAGUUCGUGUGCCAAUUAUAUGAUUCGUUGUUUCGGGGAGGGGAGAGAGUGGAUGUUGCCUUACAGCAUGCUCUAUCCUCGCAUCGGACCUUGAGGUAUAAGUGCCAUCUCCCCAGAGUACUGUAGUUUGUAAAAAGGAAACAUUUAUACAUGAAACUGUAAACCAAAAGCAAGAAACAAAAAAUAAAUCAAAGAGAGAGACAAAAAAAUACCUUUUGAAAAAUGAGGAAGAGAAAUAAGAUGGAACAUCCAAUUUUGAGGCUUACCAUUUGAUUUGUACGUUAUUUAUAUAAUUAAAUUCGUUGGGUUAACUAAGUGUUGCCUAACAAUAUAGCUAUUUGAAUUGGAUUACUUUUUGUAUAUGCAUUUACAUUGUCCUCUAAUAUUAU